ACCCUACCCUGAGCCCUCAAACCCUUACCUCAUUCUCUCUCUCUUUCUCUCUCUCUCUCUCCUUCUAGUCUUCUCUCCUUCUUUCUAUCCAUCUUAUACCCUGCAAUUCGCAAACCCUACCCUCUCUCUCUCUCUAUCUCUCCCUCUUUCGCAUUCCAUCCUUCUUUUCGCAUUUUCCACCCUAAUCUUCUUCUUCCGUUCCAUUUUCGGAUCUGCCCGUUUCGAAUUCCCACAAUCUCGAACUCGACAGCGAUGGGCGACGGCAAGGUCAAUCUCCCCGACGAUCUCUUCUCUUCCAAGCCCUCUGAUUCUCACUCAUCUCUCAAAGAUGAAGCAUCUGGAGGACAUGGCGGGGAGAAAGGGAUUGCGGCACUACUUGAUGAUUCAAAAGAUCAAGUGUCAUCUGACAGCAGCAUACCCUUAUCCCCACAGUGGCUUUAUUCCAAACCUGUUGAUGCGAGGCCAACUGCUAACCUGGUGGGGGUGAACUCUACUGAUCCCAUACUGAAAGACAGUUGGCGUUUGGAGGGGUCUCAGGACAAAAAAGACUGGAGGAGGACUGCUCCUGAUGUUGACAUAAGUCGCCGCUGGCGUGAAGAGGAGAGAGAAACAAGCUUGCUUGGGAGAAGGGAUCGCCGAAAAGAAGAUCGUCGUUUGGAGAUUACUUCAACCUCGGAGAAUAGAUCCUUACCCUCUGAUCGCUGGCAUGAGAGCCGUGGUUCUGGCCAUGACUCUCGAAGAGAGAAUAAGUGGUCAUCAAGAUGGGGUCCUGAAGAUAAAGAGAAGGAUUCUCGAAGUGAGAAAAGAAAUGAUGUUGAGAAGGAAGAUAGUCACACUGAAAAACAAUCUUCUGGUGUUAGCAAUCGCAUGGGUUCUGAUCGUGACACUGAUUCUCGUGAUAAAUGGAGGCCACGACACAGAUUGGAAGCUCAAGCUGCUGGUGUGGCCACAUACCGUGCUGCACCUGGAUUUGGUCUGGAGAAAGGACGUAUAGAAGGCUGCAAUGUACGAUUUUCACCUGGAAGAGGAAGGGCAAAUAUCAAUGGAAACUUGCAGAUUGGAAGGCCUCCAAUAGGUUCUAGUGUUGGAUCUGCACUAAUGGAUAGGAAUAAAACCAUGUUGGGGAAGUCUAGCCUGGGUGUUGAUUCAUAUUACUACCCUAGGGGCAAGAUUCUUGACAUAUAUCGCAAGCAAAAGGUUGAUCCAAAUUUUGAUGGCAUGCCUUCUGAGAUGGAGCAUGCAUCACCGAUAACUCAACUUGGUUCUGUUGAACCAUUGGCAUUUGUUGCUCCUGCUGCUGAGGAAGAGGCUGUCCUUAAAGAAAUAUGGAAGGGAAAGGUUACUAAUAGUGAAGUCUCAAGCUACUCUUUUAGAGGAAAGGAUGGAGGGUCAAAUGAUGAUAUUUCAGGUCCUGAUGUUACUAGUGAAGGAAAACAACCUUACAUUGGAAGUGGUGCAAAGGUUAUAUCAGGAAUUGAUGUCUCAAAUGAUUCUGAUCAAAUUUUAAUUGGUUCAGCAUCAACUGCUGGUGGUUUAUUGAGAAAUAUUGUUGAGGAAGUUGCAUCUUUUCAAGAAGGCAAGCAGAAACAUAUGCCAGCAUUUGGUGUGCAUGGGAGAAAUGAGAGUUCUGGUGGCAACAUUGGGGAUGGAAGCAUUCCUGGAAAUAAAGUUGCUGAAUCAGAAUCUUUUGAUUAUCAUCAGGGACACACUUCUACUUUUCAGGAACAUGCUAAUCGGGAUGGUGUCGUCUCAAUUGCUGCUUCUGAAAUUAGUAGUAAUCUGCCUGAUAAUUCUCGCUCUCUUUUUGAUUUUUCAUCUCUGCAGCAACCUCCAAGUAUUGAUCAACAAGACUUAAAAAUUAAUGAGAAGACAUAUUUGCCUGAAAGUGUUAUUGCACUUGAGGAGUUGAGUUUGUGCUAUCUUGACCCUCAAGGGGUAGUUCAAGGACCCUUUCUUGGAAUUGACAUAAUUUUGUGGUUUGAACAAGGAUUUUUUGGGAUGGACUUACCUGUUCGUUUAUCAGAUGCUCCUGAAGGAUCCCCAUUUCAAGAACUUGGUGACAUUAUGCCUCAUUUGAAAGUCAAAUCGGGAUUAGGUGCAGGAAGUAACCAGGUUAUUCAAUCAGAACCAUCUGAUGCCAUUGGAAGGAAUCUGAAAGUAGAUGUACAUACUUUUGACUAUGACGGGUCUUCUGUUAGUGAUGAUCAACCUUGGUCUUCAUCUCGACCUGAUACUACCACAAGUGUUGGGAUUCCUUCUCAAAUACCUAAUCAAAGUUAUCACUCUGAAAUCAAGUACUCUGAUGACCAGUGCUUCAAUAAUAUUGUUGCACAUGAUGAGGAUGUCACUUUAUCAAAAUUGGCUGGAAGCAUCAAUGAAAAACCUUUGAUGAGGCCUGGGGAUGUUAAUGCUUCAUAUUCCCAUCCUACUGGAAAACCUGUUGCGAAUGAAAUUGCAGUGAGUGAUGUUCACAAUAGUGAGGCUGAUAAGUUGCACCCCUUUGGGUUAUUGAUGUCUGAACUCAGAGAUGGUUCUCAUUUAAGGCGUGCACAAUCUUCCAAUAGUUCUUUGAGAUUGGGUGACCAGGGUCAUUUUCUAGAUCCAUUAAUUGAUAGAGAUGCUCCUUUUGCUGAUCAAAGCACUGUUGGUGGCAUUGUUAAUCAGCCUUCUUUCAGGGAGACAUGGACUGAUGAAUAUGGAAUAAAUAGGCAUUUUAAUCCAAAUCCACAUGUAGGUUCGUUAGAAGAUCAGUUCUUGUCCCAUAUGGGACCAAAAUUUAAUAAUUUUGAUGUGGCAGAGCAUCUUAUGUUGCAGAAGCUUCAGAAGGAAAGGCUUCAGCAGCAGAGUAAUAUUUCUAACCAUUUCCCUGCUCAUAUUAAUGGAUCAGAUUUAGAGAGAUUUCCAGGUUUUGCCCAUUCUCAAAACAUGAAGUCCAACAUCCAACAGAUGAUGCAGAAUUCAGGACCAGACUUUGAACGAAUUCUGGAACUUCAGAUUCAACAACGCCAGCUUGAGCUUCAACAACAGCAAGAAAUGCACCAUCAACACUUACUUCAACAACAAAUGAAACUUCAGCCCCAGCAACAGUCUCAAGUUCAGCAGUUACUUCUUGAACAGCUUAUGCAUCAGCAAAUCCCUGAUCCUAAUUUUGGACAGACAAAACAUGAUAUUUCUAGGGAUAACCUGUUAGAUCAGGUACAAUUGAGGAGAUAUCUGCAUGAUUUGCAGCAGAAUUCACAUUCUUUAAGGCAUCUUGAUCCAUCAAUGGAACAGAUUAUUCAAGCAAAUAUGGGCCUCAAUGCUGUCCAAGGAAGGCAGGCUGAUUUGUCAGACCUCUUGUUGCAAGCAAGGCAUGGAAAUAUAUUGUCUUCUGAACAACAACUUCAUUUUCAGCAAGAUCAACUACAGGCACAGCAGAUAUCUUUGGCUCUUAGACAGAAGUUAGGGUUGGAUGGAGAAAGGCAUUUUGGUAGGUCAUGGCCAAUUAAUGAAACUGGGCAGUUGGUAAGAAAUCAAACUACCCAUCAACUGGGUCAUUCAACAGGAUUUAAUGUGUCAGAUAUCCACAAACAGCAGCAGAGGCUUGUGGCGCAUGAGGAGCAAUUAAAUUAUUUGGGAAGAAAUCUUCCUGAGCAAAACCAGAGAGGGUUCUAUGAGCCUAAUUCUAUGAUGUUUGAGAGGUCUGCACCUAUUUCUGUCCAAGGAAGGGAAUUGCAUGACCGUCGUCGCUAUUUACUUCCAACUGAUCAACUGGGUUCUUUAUCCUCUCAUCACCUGCAAUCAUCUGAUGAUCUUUUUGGUCACCACCCUGAUGCAUUCAAAAACUCACUCUCUGGCAACAAUGGGCAUGUGGAAAAUAGCUGGAUUGAUCCUCGGGUGCAGCUACAACAUCUUGAAGCUGCAAGGCAGAGAAGAGAGUUAGGGGAUACUGUUACAUCUGCAGAUUUAAACUUAUCUGCAUCUGCUGGAGCUCAUGAAGAGAGUUCAGCGCGAGGUUUUAUGGACCUACUUCAUCAAAAACUGGGUGUUCAAUCCACACAACCAUCAACUGUUGAUAAAUGGCAUUCUCUUUCAUCAAGAAAUCUUGACAAAUCUUGGCAUGGUCCGGAGGCUAGUUCAAUAAUGCAUCCUUUUGAACUUACACCAGAUCAGCAAGUCCAUCUGAGUGACCCAUUUUUAGAAAGGGCUCAAAGUGCUAAUUCCAAUGCCCUAAUGCACGAUCAUUUAACCAGCAUGCAUAUUACUGAUCAAUACAACAAUCUAGGGAAUAGUGAAAGAAUGCCUCUUCGGUCUAGAUCUGGUGCAUUACUUGAAGAGCAAUCACUGUUAUCUGCUAAUAAGGACACUUUACAUCCCAAUUACAGAAUUCCUUUUCAGAUUGGUAAAUCAUCUAUGGAGAAAGACGUACUUGAGUUGGAGACAAAUAAGGGACAGAGGCAUGAAUUUAUGGGCACAAUGAACAAUUUAGUUCCUGGGAUGUCAGACAUUUCAGAGCAAGUGGAAAGCAUCAUGAAUCCCAUGGAACUGCCCGCUAUUACCCACAGUAGACAUAGCUCACUAAGCAGUGCUGGUGGUGAUGGUGGCUCAUUUGGUCGUGACAUGGGUUUGAAUAAUUCACGUGGAGAUGAGGUUUCUGGUGACAGGAUACCUCCUUCAACAAAAGGGUUUGAUAAUGCAUUCCAUAAGCGCCCCCAUGUAUCUCGGGUUUUAUCUUCCCCAGAUGUUCAGUCAGACCAACCAUCUGUACCUCAUGUCAAUCAAAAUAAUUUAAUAAAUCUCACAUCCAGUGAAGGGAGACGAGAAUCAGCUGGAAAUUUGUCAAUUAGCAGCAUGACCGAUGCUCAGGCUUCUGGGAAAAAGGAGGUUCGAUUUAGGUCGUCUUCAUUCAGUGAAGGUGCUGUGUCAGAGACGUCAUUUAUGGACAUGCUAAAAAAGCCCGUUCUUCCUGAGGUGGACUCACAUGCAACUAGUGGAGCCGGUAAUGAGACAUCUGAUGCCACGCAAGCAGGGCGAAGUGGGAAAAAGAAAGGGAAGAAAGGGAAACAGAUAGAUCCUUCUCUUCUUGGUUUCAAGGUCUCCAGCAACCGGAUCAUGAUGGGUGAGAUUCAACGCCCUGAAGAUUGAUAGAUACUUGUAGAUUAGCUGUAAAAUUUUUUGCAAAUCUAUUUUUUUUUUAAUAUCUUUUUUGGGGGGAAGGGAUAUUGUGUACAGUCCACUAGAGCAUAGCUAUGAUCCAUCAAUACAUCUGUUUUUUGCGAUAGGUGUAAUAGAUUUACUUUUUGAAAGCCCUUUUGGCGUUGACGAGUGUGUACAGUCUCACUGAUGAGUGUAUAUACGAGGAAGCUAUGCGUAUUAUCAUAUGGAUGGUUCAACGAUUUUUAUGGGACAGAAUAGAAGCAAAGAGAAUUAAUAUUAUCAUGGUUUUGGUUACUGUGGAUUCUAUAGGGUAGUGGGUAGCUAUGAUGUUCAGGUGGAGUAGAAAUGUAAGAGUAGUAAUGAAUGAUGAUGGCCAUGUGUACCCAUAUAUUAGGAAAUUAGGUGUAUUCAAGACAUGCCCUAUCUCACUAUUUUGGGCCUGAUCCGAAAUUAAUUUUGAUGAAUUUUGGUUUUAAGAAU